CGGGCCGGGCGGGCGGCGGCGAGGGCCGGGCGCUGGAGCCGAGCCCGCCGCCGCUCACCUGCCGCGGCCGCUCACCUGCCGCGGAGCGCGCGCCCCGCGCCCUCCCGCGCCUCCCGGAGGCGGCCGCCACCCCUCGCCAGCGCCCACAGGCUACGCGGGUAGCCGGAGCGCCUCGGAAGCAGCAGAGAAGCCCCCCUCGGCCUGGGCGCGCCAAGAGGACGAGGGUUAAAAUGAAUGAAGACCUGAAGGGCAAUGUAAGCGGGCUGCCUCGGGAUUAUUUAGAUGCCGGUGCUGUGGAGAACAACUCAGCUGCUGUCUCCUCCCAGGUCCCCGUGGUAAAGCCUGAGCCAGAGCUUGCUGUCAACCCCUGGGACAUAGUCUUAUGCACCUCGGGGACCCUCAUCUCCUGCGAAAAUGCCAUCGUGGUCCUGAUCAUCUUCCAUAACCCCAGCCUGAGAGCACCCAUGUUUCUGCUCAUUGGCAGCCUCGCUCUUGCAGACCUGCUGGCCGGCAUCGGACUCAUCAUCAAUUUCGUUUUUGCUUACUUGCUCGAGUCCGAAAUCACCAAGCUGAUCACCAUCGGGCUCAUCGUGGCCUCUUUCUCUGCCUCCGUCUGCAGCUUGCUGGCCAUCACCGUGGACCGCUACCUGUCCCUCUAUUACGCCCUGACCUAUCACUCAGAAAGGACGGUCACCUUCACCUAUGUCAUGCUAGUCCUGCUCUGGGGGACCUCCAUCUGUCUGGGGCUGCUGCCCAUCCUUGGCUGGAACUGCCUCCGAGACGAGUCCACCUGCAGCGUGGUCCGACCUCUCACCAAGAACAACACGGCGGUCCUCUCCAUCUCUUUCCUCUUCAUGUUCGCGCUCAUGCUUCAGCUCUAUAUCCAGAUCUGUAAGAUCGUCAUGAGGCACGCCCACCAGAUCGCCCUGCAGCACCACUUUUUGGCCACCUCACACUACGUAACCACCCGAAAAGGGGUCUCCACGCUGGCCAUCAUUCUGGGCACCUUCGCUGCCUGCUGGAUGCCCUUCACCCUCUAUUCCUUGAUAGCGGAUUACACCUACCCUUCCAUCUAUACCUACGCCACGCUGCUGCCCGCCACCUACAAUUCCAUCAUCAACCCUGUCAUUUAUGCUUUCAGAAACCAGGAGAUCCAGAAAGCUCUCUGUCUAAUUUGCUGUGGCUGCAUUCCAACCAGUGUCUCGCAGAGAGCUCGAUCACCCAGCGAUGUGUAGCCGCCACCCACCCACGCACCCACCCCCGCCCCCACACAAGGGCGAGUCUUCCCACUGCUGGCUGCAGUUAGCAAGUCCCCCCACUGCCGGGACAAGUGGUUGAGAUGCUGUCCUUCGAUUCUUUCUGCUGGGUUCUCUCUCAGGCCACAGGAGCACUUAGCAACCGUGCAGCAUUCAUCAUUCAUUUAGAGGAGUUGAAGUGAUCAAAGUGAAAAUAACAUCCCCCAGUGUUUCAACCUUGAAAAAAUAAUGUUGCUUUUUUGGCUGGCUAUUAUUUUGUUUCAUGCUAGAGGCCGAGGUCUGUUUUAAUUUUAUUUGGAGACAGGGUUUUUGUUUAUUGCCUUCUUUGGAAGGUUGGUGUGGGGGGAAAGGAAGGGCUGUCACCUGGUCAGGAUGUGAUUAAAAAGUAAGUCAAUCCCAGUUUUUUUUACCAGACUUUCAAAUAAAAUUGAGUUAUUGAGGAAAACAGAGAAGAACCGAUGUUUUCUAGAUUUUUAUUUUUAGUGUCAAGGUAGAUUUUCAAUGCUGCAUGUGUCUAACAGAAUAGAAUUGUAUUCAAGCCAGUGAAUAUUGUUUACAUUGUUAUGUUUCAAAGGGACCUGAUAUUAACAUAAACUCAGUAAUGAGUUUUAUCAACACUGAAAAUAUAAACCCAUUCUUACUCAUUUCUUUACUUUCAGCAACUACUGUUCUUAAGAAUUCCUUUGGUAUUUCUAUGAAUGUUGUAACUCUACAACAAUGGUUACCUGUGUUAGCUAGACCACCAGUUUCAAAUGUUGCCAUGAAAACCCAGAAUCAAAUGAGUCAUUUUUCAAUAUAGAUUUUCAAUAUGUUCUUCUAAAGCCAAUUUAAAACUUGCUUUGGUUUACAUAUGAAAUAGGAGUGAUUAGAUUUACUAUUACAAUUUUUAAAUUUUUUAUUUUUAUGCUAUAGUCAAGCUGUUUUCAGGAGAUAUGAGGAAAAAUUAGUAAUUUCUAUUGAAAGUAGAAUGAUUUUAUUGGAAUAUUUAUUCUGAAUUAAUAUAAAACUAUCAAAAACAUAAAAAGCAUCAUCUCUCUAUAUAUUAGAAUAUAUUGUUAUUCUUGAUUGAAAAAGAUAGAAUUAAAUGUCAUAGAUCUGGGAUUUCUUGUUCCUUAUUGUCUGUGAAGCAAAUGCAUUUGAAACAAGUGUUCUCCUAUUUUAUGAUACCGUGGAGAAUGUGUGAUAUACAUACCUGUCCAAAAUAGACCUUUGUAUCAUGUAAGAUGAUACAUGUGUAUUAAAUCUGUGGCUGAUCAUACAAAGUUCACUUUAAACGUCUUUUCCUUCCUUUAAUCAUGAAGCAACUUCCAUACAGUUAAAACUGUGUUGCCUGUGUUCAGAGAGCUGAGACUGAGUCAGAAAAUUACACUGGAAAUUUUACUUUAAGCAUUGUAAAAUCAUGUGUAUGAGCAUCGUAUCUAUUAGUGUAAAUGUGUGUUGGGCACAGAUACCAAGUUUCCUUUAGCGGUGGAGUUAGAGCUCUGUCUGUAUAGCUGCUGGGAGAAUUUCUGGACAGCACAACUUAGCCCAUGCAGACAAUACAAGACUAGUAUUUCAUUGUUCUUGGGGAAUUACUUGUAAUGAAUUGACCUCAUUUGUUAGUCCCACAUAUUGUACCCAUGGUCUUAGUCCCCUCUGGCUGUUCCAGUCCACCUUAGUCUUCUUCUCGCUGACCUAGUUCCCCUCAGUUCCUUUCUGGCUGGCCUAGUCCCUCUCAGUCCUCAACUGCAUGAGAUAAAUCUCUCCAAGACUCCUUCUUACAUAGCACACAUGCGAAUAAAUCCUAUACUUGAAUUUUAUCUCUCCUUUAGGUUACUUAGUAAAGCAAGAGAGAAAUAAGAAAUAAAUUUCAGUACAUGCCACUGUGUGAUCAAUCUAAUUGAGUUGAGUUGAUGCCUUUUUUAAAAUGUCAACAUGUGAUGGAGUUGGUAAAUUCAGUGAGUUUAUCUUUACUACCUAAAAAUUAAUGACCAUUCUGUGUGACAAAUUAUAAGGUAAUUGGUUUUGACAUGGUUCAUGAAAUUUCCUGAAUAAGGUUUUAAAGCAAUAAACGGUAUUUUUGUAGAAAUGGUGGUUCCCAUUUGAUUAUCGCUAAAAGUAAAAAUUUGAAUGAUAAUAAUAUGUAACAUUUCACCAGUUUUUCUACACUCGACACAUUUUUUUCUAUCCUAUGCCUUUGAUUCCUCACUGGCUCUGAGAGCAGAGAUAAAUAAUUUAUAGCCUCAACUAUCUAAGCUUUAGUUCUAUAAAUGAGACAUCAUGCUUUCUGUGUAAGAUUACAUGUGACAUUCUCAACAUGGGUCUACAUGAAGGAGGUUUGGUGCAUUCUCCUUUACUACCUAAGCUUUAGUUCUACAAAAGAGACAUCAAGCUUUCUGUGUAAGAUUACAUGUGACAUUCUCAUCAUGGGUCUACAUGAAGGAGGUUUGGUGUAUUCUCUUUACUAAACCUAUUCUUGCUUCAGAGCCAUGGCCAGCCCAAGCGCACAUUACAGUAUUUGAGUGCAAAAAGAAAAGGGCACUAUUGUGAUACAGAAAUUUCCCCCCCCCUUUAUUUUUUAUUUUAAACAAUUUUAUCUUCUACACUAACAUUGAUUGUCAUGGUCUUAUAAACACUUUAAUAACUGCUAUUGACUUCUGUUUUUAAAGGUAUCUGAUUUUAGUUGAUUUUUUAAAUUCAACUAUAACAUGGCAUUACUAUUUACUUUCUUGGUGAAGUUUUGAGCUGCUGUGUGGAUUCCAAAAAACUUUUUGUUUCUAUGAAGUUAAUGAGAGAGAUGUAUACAUCUCUCAAUACCUAGAGUAUGUUUAUGUGAGGACACUUAUGUGUGCAUAUAUAUAUAAGAACAUUAGCUUUCAACAACAAAAUACAUCAUGGAGACGUUUGUGUUCCCAAUAGUAUAAAUACUGAUUCAAUCCAUGUAAUGAAAUAUUUUAGUAAUCAAGGAAUUUGUAUUAUUUCCAGUAGAAACAGUUAUUCUUCUAAGCAGAACAGUUCAGUCAACUCACCAGAAUCUUUAGUUGAGGCUAAUUUCCCAGGAUGUGACUGACUACUGUGCAUUUCUUUGUGUCCCUCUAGCUCUUUGUUCAUUUAUUUAUUUUUUAUUAGUUCAUUUUGUUUCCUGAGUGUAAAAGAGGCCAUCUUCAUUUCUGUGUGUGGAGAUGGAGUGAAUGGAGGGAGAAGCAGAGUUCCUUCUUCCCUGGAAGCCUUAAUUGAAGAGCCAAGUAAGGGGUGGGGACGGAGGGUGGAAUUGGCUUCUAGAAUAGUCUUAGAGUCUCCCAGAAUCUAAAGUGGAAUUUGAACAAGAGAUUUAGAAAAGCACAUAUGAAAUAUAUAUAUAUUUAGUGCCAAUAUAAGUCUCUAAAACUUAAAAAGUUAAUCCAUUAUUGAAAUGAUUGACUUUAUUUUCAUGGAGAUAUAUGUGUAUGUAUGCAAAUAUGUGUGUAUCAUAGGAAUUAGGAUCACUUACCAUUUCUGAUUUCAUAUUAAAUAAGUAAAUAUUAUGGUGUUAUAUUGAACAAUGUAUAUGUUUCCAUUUUGAUGACAUACCUAAUGUAAUAAAAGAAUAGAUUGCUUUCU